AUGACUCGUCCAGCUUUUCCUGCCAUCAUCAUUUGCAGUAGCAAUACUAACCUUUCGGCAUGGAUUCUUGGCCUGUGGGAACUUGGCACUCUAAUCACUUUUCGGGUAAUCCCGCUGGCCGACGUUGGGCCUAGGGGCGGACAGUCUCUGAGCACGCAGCUCCACCGUCUACGAGUACCACCACCGUCUUCCGAUGAUAUCAUAGAUGCAGAGCAUUCCAAUGUUCACUCAACUUUGUUAGCAAUGCGCCCCACGUCAUGUGCCAAUUCGUCGACGCAGAAUGCAUCUACCUCAGCACCUGAUGCUAUUCUUGGCACGGCGUCCAUGGAAAUAGAUGAAGAUGAGUUGUCACUGGCACAGCGGAGGAGCCGACGUGUUGGUGUUCCCAUGCCACUACAUUACAGACAGUACAAUGAUAUACUUCCGCAGCCUCCACUGAGUGUUCCCUCCAAUCGCACUACUCAACAGCAGGAGUUUUACGCACCUGUGGAUUCCACUGAUGCAUCUACCGCAACUCGUACAUCAUUGCGGUGA